AUCUAUGAGAAAGUAGUGAGACCUGAUCUGUGGUUUGGAGACAGUGGCACUGACAAAAAGACAGGAGGCUCUAGGAUUUCCAUUGAGAAAGACCACAGGAUUGCAAAUAUAGGGACGGUUCAGGUUGAGCAGUUUGGGGGCAAAGUUAGAAGCAAAGAUGAGACCAGAGAAAGCGGUAAGAGCACAAAGAAAAUGUAUUCAGCUCCGGAGAUAGUCCUUCUUCUAUUCAGCAGUUAUUGUUGAGUUUUGUGGACCAGCUGAUGAGCCAGUACUCCACCUUCUGCAGGGGCUAGCUACAGUGGCUUCUACCUCACAGCAGUUCCCUGGUGUAGAACUACCAUCGUCAGCUCCAGUUCAGUUGAAGAUCCAGGAACACAAUCCCCAAGGAUGACAUUUAUCCAUAUAUCGUCUUUGCUUACAAAGACCGAGUAUAAGCGGUAAUGUUAAGAUGAUGCUGGGAAAGAUCAUGAUUUUAGAGGCAGCACAGAAAUGAAGUAGCAGCUUCUGUUGUUUACCUUGGCAGACGGAUUCAGGCACAAAGCAGGGCUCAUUUAAGUUUGCUUGACAACGAGUAGAGAUUACUUGUUGUUGAAAAAGAUCUCACUCACAGAGGAGGGGUGCACCAUCAGAAGGACAAUGGAGACAAAGGGAUAAAGAGCAAUGGCAAGGUGAAGGGAAAGCACAAGUUAGACAGGCGGACGAGGAGGAGCAGGAACCCAGACGGCAUGAAGAGGACACGGUGCCAAAGGGGACCUGCCAAACGAUGUGCCCCGCUCAGGAGUUACGGGAUCGUGAGGCUCAGAACCGACUUCACCAUUUUGAAAUGUUACCAGGCACAGAGAAAGAUCGGCGGCCAAAAGGAGACCCAUCGCGUGCCGUUAAGGAGUAUUCCAGACCAGCAGCUGGGAAGGACUCAACUAAACCCAGUGACCUCAGACCACCUCCUGUGCUGCUGAAAACUGUUAACUACCUUAUUAAUGACAUUGCAGCCGCCCCGAGCCUGUAUCCAUGGACUGAGGUUUAUACCUUUGUCUUUGACCGUCUUCGUGCUGUGAAGCAGGACAUGAUCAUCCAGAGGAUGUCAGGAUUGGACUGCGUGGUCAUUUUAGAGCGGACUGUUCGUUUCCUCAUCUAUGCCUCUUAUCGUCUUUGUGGGGAGCCACUGCGGCUCUACGACCCACGUAUCAAUGAUACACACCUGCAGGAAUACCUCAGCUGGUUGCUGGAUUGCUACAUGACCAAAUCAGGACCUCAUCCCAACCAAGAAGAGUUCCAGUCGCUCAGUUUGCUGUACAACUUGGGUUCAGCUCGUGCUAUGCAGCACACCAUGCAGCUCCCAUUGCGACUGCGCAGCACUCCAAACAUCAAACUUGCUCUUGUCAUCAACCAAGCUUUCCUUGAGAGAAACCCUGUCCGUUUGCUUCGGUCGGCUCAAAAGCUAAACUUCCUACAGACCUGCGCGCUGCACCGUCACCUGAUGACAUGUCGUCAAGAUCUGCUGCUCAUAUACAGCCACGGAUACAGCAGCCGCAACUGUCGCUUUCCUCUUGACAGACUGGCUAAGCUCUUGUUCUUAGACGCAUCACUUACAGCUCAACUGUGCCGGUCAUAUGGAGUUGAGGUUAACAAGGACAAUCAAGUAGUAUUCUCCAAAGGUGCUUUCACGGAGCCGGGACAAGGAACACUGCACUGUAAACUGUAUCACAGCAUAGCAUCUGAGAAACAGAGAGAUCUCACUGUUAAGAAUAUUCUUCAGAGCUGUGUUGAGACAAAUAAGAAGUAAACAAGCCAUACAAAUACCGCUCGGUAUUCUUAUAAAUUAGGAAAUGGACUGUUUGUUUGUUUUUUAAGAAAUCUGGACUGUCACUGAGCUGAUGGCCACGAGUUACAUUAAGAUGUGAAUUACUUUUAUAUUACUACCAAUAUUUUGUGUUGAUGUUUCCCUUGAGUAUUUUUUUUCAAGAACUGUACAGAAAUUCAAAGGUGUAACUGUUUACUCAUUCUUAUAAAUUCAAAUUUUGGAAUCAUUUCAAUAAAUUUGGUUACAUUGUACAGAAA